GAUCUACGCGUUUUGGAAAUGCCAUGCAAGAUGAAUUUACAUAUUAAAUACAACUUCUUACACGCAUUUAUGCUUCAAGUACAUUAAACUCCAUUCCUCUCAUCUAUAUAUACAUGUGUGUCUAUACAAUAUACAAGAACAAAUUUUACAUAUAUAAUUCAGCAAUUCAUUUUUUUCACGUUAAAAUGAUGAAAAAUAAGCUGUUUUCCUCUCCAUUAAUCAUUUCUUGCAUUAUUUUAGCAAUUCUAACGUUAUCUACUCAUUCUUCAGCAGAUAAUGUUUCGCCAGCAAAUCCUAUCCCCCCUUCAAUCAUAUGCAAAUCCACCCCUUAUCCUGGAUUCUGUAAAUCAAUGCUCGUUCCAAACUCAAAUUCCUCAUCCAAUGCGUACGAUCACAGCCUGUUUUCUGUACAAAAAUCCUUAUCCGCAGCCCGAAAAUUCCUUUCGUUGAUUAACAAGUAUCUACGGGGGUCGAGAAAUUUGACAAUAACAGCCGUGAGGGCUCUAGACGACUGCAAGUUUCUAGCCGAGCUUAACAUUGAUUAUCUAAUGAGUUCUUUUGUUAUUGUCAAUGGAACUUCAUCGAAAACUCUUUCGGUUUUCGAGGCUGACGAAGUUCAGACACUUCUUAGCAGCAUUUUGACAAACAGUCAGACAUGUGUGGAUGGCCUUCAGGCUACAGCCUCGGCCUGGAGUGUAAGAAAAGGGAUUUUAUCGCCAUUGACGAAUGAUACGAGGUUGUUCAGUGUUUCUUUAGCCCUUUUCACUAAAGCCUCGGUUCCUAAGAGGAAGAAGCCUUCACACUCGACAGGGAAACACUUGACAUUCCAAAAUGGCAGAUUGAAUUUCAAAAUGUCUGCAAAAAAUCAAGAAAUCUUGAACGUUUUCAGCAACAGAAGGCUGCUUCAGACAGAUGAUAAUGAUAAUUAGGUUCG